UGUUGCAGUGGCAGUCUUUUGUUAGACGUCUUGAGAUUAAGACAUCCACUCCCCAUCAUCGUUCUAAAGAAAACAACUAUUCUUGAAAAUAGAACAAUCAAUUAUGGAUCGUUGGAAUAAUUGUGUUGCUGUUGUAACUGGAGCUAGUUGUGGUAUCGGAGAAGCUUGUGCAAGUAAAUUAGUCCAAGCUGGACUAAGGGUUGUUGCUCUAGCUCGUAGAGCGGAUCGUUUGGAGGAAAAUCACUCCAAGUUCCCCAUUGAAUGUCAAGAGAGAUAUUUUCCACGGAAAUGUGAUAUAACAAAUGAAGAAGAAGUCAAGGCGACUUUCGAUUGGAUCGAAGAAACCCUAGGUGGAACUGAUAUACUGGUCAAUAACGCCGGUUGUCUUCGGGAGGGAAAUAUUCUCGAUAUGGAUUCAAAACUAAUCCAUGAAGUUUUGCUAACAAAUAUCAAUGGCCUCAUUUACUGUACUCAGGCAGCAUUUCGAAGCAUGAAGAAACGAAAAUUUGAUGGACAUUUGGUGCAUAUAAACAGUGUUUGUGGAUCGAAUGUAAUUUGUUCGGGAUUGGGAACACCGAGUUUUAAUAUUUAUCCACCAUCGAAGUUUGCUGUUACUGCAUUGAAUGAAAUAAUUCGACAAGAAUUGAAUAAUUUCGGAACUAAAAUUAAAUCUACAAGUAUUCAUCCAGGAUUGACACGUACUGAGAUUUUUUCACCAGAGACGUUCAGCGAAAUGGGAGAAGCUAUUUUGUCGCCAGAAAGUGUUGCUGAUACAAUUAUGUAUGUUAUUUCAACACCUCCUGAUGUUUUAAUUAAAGAUUUAACAGUUAAGGCUGUUGGUGAGGUAUUUUGAUUAAAAAAAAGUAUUUUAUUAAAAUUUAUAAAAAAGUUUAUUAAUUAAAUGUAUUAGUUGUAGAUGUAUGUAUGUUGUAGUAAAUUUGUGAGUAAAUAAAAUAAUUAAAUU